GGCUUUCAAGGAGAACGUGGAAAUGCUGGAGAAACUGGUUCUCGGGGACAACCAGGACCACCAGGCUUGCCAGGAGAAGAUGGGCCGCUAGGUGCACCCGGCUCACCCGGACCUCCUGGCCCCAAAGGUAGCAGAGGACUCGCUGGCCAGCCCGGAGAUAUGGCUAUAUCUGGCAUCGGGAUUCAAGGACCGAAAGGACCCCCGGGACCAGCUGGACCUAAAGGGCCCACGGGACCGCGUGGUAAACCGGCAAAAGAAGGCGGUUUUGCAGGAAAGCCAGGUACAAUUGGUCCCAUUGGACCACCUGGACAAACCGGCAGACAAGGUGAAGAAGGUCCCUGGGGACCACCGGGUGAACCAGGUCAGCCGGCAGCUUACUGUCCGUCGGACUGUGGUGUAUCGCAAAUCUAUGCUCCGCCAGUAGCCAGUGAUUAUUAA